UGAUGGUGCCAAUACAGGGAAAUGCUGCAACUUGUGAAUCCUGAUAUGUAUAGCAGAGAGGGCUGGUGCAUGUGAGCUGACAAUCUCUUCUUUCUUUCUAUGUCUCCACACAGUGAAAUUUCCAAGCGACGAAGCGUUUUUAUAGCGUUUUCGAAGCGAUUUUCCGAGCGAUUUUCCAAGCGAUUUAGCAGUGAUUGUUAUAUAGAGAUAUUCAGCAAAAUUCCAUCUGAUUUUUGGCGUUUGGAAAAACCAUCUUCCUUUGACGUCAGCUGAUAUCGUCUUUUUAACCCAACAGCUCUUUUAAGAGCUAAAAAACUUGGGCGCAAUGCUAUUCUGCGCCCCCUGGAGGAAGCCACAGGCGGAAUCCAGAUCCCUCUCCGAGAUUUAUAAGCCUCCUGAUGGUCGGCUGACCAAGGAUGUGCUUCUUGGAGAAGGCGGCACCGGAGAAGUCUACAAGGGACGACACCAUCGAAGAGGCGUGGUAGCGGUGAAGAUCGCCAACAUCAGCCGAGAUGAAGAGUCAGUCAUGAGGGAGCUGAAGUUUCUCCAGCAGUUCGGAGGCCACAAGAACAUCGCCUCUUACUAUGGAGCUUACUACAGGGCUCCACUCACAGAGUGCUCAUCGGAGCACUUGGAAAUUGUUCUCGAGUACUGUGGUGGCGGCUCUCUCCACACCCUCAUCAGCAGGACCAAUGGCCAAUCCCUGAAGGAGACCUGGAUUGGCUAUGUCUGCAAGGAGGUUUUAAAGGGGCUGCACCACAUCCACAAGAACCGGGCCGUUCAUAGAGACAUCAAGAGCCUGAACAUCAUGCUCACAGAGACGGCCAAAGUGAAGACCAUCGACUUUGGAAACAGCUGGGACCUGGAUCCGCAGACUGGAUUGUGCCACGAAGCAGACGGGACUGCACAUUGGAUGGCACCCGAGGCCAUAAGGCAGAAGGGCCAGCGCCUGGCGUACGACACCAAAUGUGACAUCUGGUCGCUGGGCAUAACCGCCAUCGAAAUGGCCGAGGGAAAACCACCAUACGCAGAUGAAUACCCGGUGGAGCACCUGAUUAGAGAAGCCCAACCACCGAGGCUUCAAUCAAACAACUGGUCACAACAUUUCGUGUCCUUCUUGGAGUCAUGUCUGAAGAAGGAUCCUUCGGAGAGAGGGAGUGCUGAAGAACUCCUGCAGCACCCAUUUGUCACCCAACUGCCGCCUAAGAAGAUCAUCAGGGCUGAGAUUGAAAAACAUCUCCGGAUUCUGCAGAACCGGCCGGCCAAGAAAGGACUGAAGGAAAGAGCUCUCUGGACCCUGCGGCUCGCUUAUGACUUCUGCACACGGACAUCGGCAGAACAAGAAGCAGCUCUGCAAAUGGCCCUGGAGGGCUUCUCCUGUUAGUGAUCUUGUGGCCAAUUACAUCAACAGCCCAGAAUGAGAUUCCUAAAUCACAGCAGAGGAAAAAGAAACAUCCACAGGAUCCAGUGGCGUCUGCAGCUCCACCAGCAACAUCUCCUUUCAGGCUACUGCAGUUCAACCAGUGGGGACUUCAAGAUUCCCGCAACUCCACCAGCAGGGACUUUAUCUCCUUCUGUAGCUCCAUAUUUAUAUCUCUUUCAGACUACCACAUCGCCACCAGCGGUGUCUUCAGUUUACACCACUCCCCCAGCAGUCUCACUUUCAAGGGCCACAUCACCACCUCACUUUUCAACUGUAGUUCCAUAGUUCCAACCAUUUUCCUUUUUUUGCAGACUACUACAACUCCAACAUCUUGCCUUAACCAUCUACUUUUCACACAUAGCCACCAUAGCUCCAACAUUCAUAUCCACCUCUACAGCUCCACUAGCAGCAUUCACACCAUAGCUCCACUAUUAGGACCUUAGUUUUCAUUAGUA